CUUCAUGAGCUCGCCGAAAAGCUCGCUCAGUCAAACUCAACCAUUUGGGGCUAGUGUAAUAUCCUCAUCGGACUUGCCGAAAGCUCAGGCAGUGCAGCGCUCGAACAGUCAUGUCGCGCGCAAUUCAAUAGUUGUGCACCGCGGCGUGAUUCAUGGCAUCGACCAAUACAAACUAGUAUACAGAGCGUAGCGAGCUAGCUUGCGCCAAUAAAACGUGCCUCGAGCGGGUCGUUGCAGCGCGGUUGCCAACAUGCUCGGCGCCGACGCUUCGCCCGACGAGUGGGAUGAUACAGUGGCCAUUUAUUGCCUGGCCUUCGGUCUACAGUUCGGGUUCCAAACUUUCACAGCUCGCAAGGUUCCCGGUGGCCAGGCAGGGGACGCCGCGUUCUUCCCUUCCACCACCUUCAUUGCCACACGCGGCCUGACCGCCGCCCUGCGCGAUGUUGCCAGCCGCACCACCACCACGGCCGCGCCGUCCACGCCUGCCCACCUGGCGGGUCUGGCGGCGGCCGCACGCGAGCUACACGCCACCAUCUUUGCGCCCUACGCCACAUGGCUACGGGCCGCCAGGCUGCGGCGGCCGCCGGGCCCCGGGCGCCAGCACCUGCACGGUGGCAGUGCGGCGGGCGCGGCGCCGGAUGCCGACAGCCUGCAUGUGGAGCUGGCGGACCUCGCCAUGUACUGGCUGAUCUACGCGGAGGCCGCCAACCUGCGCCACACGCCCGAGAUGGUGUGGUUCAUCUUCUUCUGUGCGCAGCGGAGCUGGCAGGCCAUGCAGGUACUCAACCAUUUGAAGCUGCAUCGUGACGCGCUGACGGCGCUGGCGGCACAGCCCUGGCUCGCAGCCCACGGCUCCGGUCUUCCGGCCGCCCUCAAGUCCCUACACGCAGCCUACCGCCGCUUCCUCGCCGGCGGCGCAGCCGCCGCGCCUGGCGGCGGCCCCGGCGGCCUCAUGUCCGAGGCGACGCUCACGCUGCCAUACGGCUCAGUCACAACCGCCGCCGCGGCAACUGCCACGACGGCUGGCGGCGGCGACGCCGAGUCGGAGCGGGCGUCCGUGCGGGUUACCGUUUUGGCGGACGGCAGCGUGUCCAUGCCGUACAACCCUGCGAGCGCCGCCACGCCCAAGAAGGUGGGGAUGAUGGAAACGAUGGAGGUCACGGACGUGGACGCAACUGAUGACCACGCGGCGCCGUCGGGAUCCGGAGCUGGAUCCAGCCCGUCAGAUGACAUCCGUGAUGCCCGCAGCCGUCGCCGCAUGGGCACCGAGUCACCAUCGCUGCCCCUGCCGCCCAGCACUCUCAAUGGCGUCGGCAGUGGCAAGGCCGCCUCCGCCUCGGCUAUAGCAUUCACUGCCAACAGCAGCGUUGCCAACAGCCAUGCUACUGCCACAGCAGAGAAGACCUUCGUGGGCGGCCACAGCCUGGCCCUGUCCUACCCCCACCCGGCCGCCGUUGCUACUGCCGCCGGCGGCCAGCGCCACAGCGCGUUCGCUGCUUCUGCCGCCGGCGCCGCGGCCUCCAGUGAGAUCCACGCCGCGGGCGCUACAGCCGCACACGCCUUCGCUACAGCCAGCCGCCUCACGCCCAUGGCCAGCACGCCCACCGCCCCCAUGUGGGACCCCCGGGUCGCGCCCGCCGACUACCGCGAGCUGCUACUGCGCAUCUGCCCCAACCAGGCGGCUGUAGCAGCAGCCCUGGCCGCCUCCGGCUGCGGCGGCGCCGCCGCGGCUGGCGGCACUCCCGCCGCUGGCAGCUCCGCCGCCGGCCCGGCGGCGGACCCGACCAAGCGCGGCGGCGCGGGUGCCUGUUUCUUCCUGGAGCGGGUAGUCCAGCCACUGUUCCUGUUCCUGUCGGAGCAGGUCUUCGAGCUGGGACAGGCGCGGCGGCAGGGGCUGGAGAGCGCCGUGCGCAUCGGUUACGAUGAUGUGUCCGAGUCCAUGGCGCACCCCAAGGUGGUGGCGGCGGCGCUGGCGGCUCUGCCCUGGGCCAACACCAUCGUGUCUGACGCGCGCGCCGCCGGCUUCGAGCGCGUGGACCGCCGCACCGCCUCCAUGGGCGGCGCGGCCGGCGGCGGCGCGGGCGCCAGCACGCACAUGCCGCGCGCCGCCAUCCACGACGAGGAGCUGUUCUGGUCGCGGUUGCUUAAGCUCGGUGACCUGACCCCGCACGCGGCGUCUGCUCGCAUUCCCUGGAUGGGUGACAUGGCGCACUACCGCCCGCAGCUGCUUAAACUCAUCACCGGCAUUGGCGCAUCGGACGCCAACGCAACGCCGACGGCCGUGGCCACAGCUGCGAACGACAGCAACGUGCGGCAGCGGGAGCGGUGGGAGCAGCAGGCGCGGCGGCACCAGCGGCGGCAGCAGCGGCGCUACGGCACCGAGAGUGGCGCGACAAGCGACAGUGACGCCGGCGGCCGCUCUGAGGCGGGGAGCGAUGUGGAGGCGCCAGCGCUGACCUCGGCGCAAGCCAGCCAGGCCGCCGCCGCGGCGCAGGCGGUGUCCCCCGAGGCCGCCGCCGAGCUGAGCUCGCUGCGCGGCGCCAACGCCGCCGCCGAUUGGUGGGCGCGGCACGUGCUGCGCAAGACGUUUGUGGAGCACCGAAGUCUGGCCAUGCCGCUGCUGGCCUUUGCGCGCGUGUACCAGUUCCAGCUGCUGUGGUUCUACGUGCUGGCCGUCUGGUCCUGGGCCGACCCCGCGGAGCUCAUGGCCUGGAUCGCCUCCUCCGCGGCGCUGCACUGGGGCUUCAACUGCCUGCUGUGGAGCGCGCAGGCAGUGCUGUCCACCGGCGCCGCCAUGAAGCGGACCGGCACCGUCAUCCCCUUCUACGCCUCCAAGCAGGGCAAGCCGCAGCGCGGCAGCGGCCCCGCCGCGCCCUCCAGCGGGCACGGGCUGCUGUGGUGGGUGGUGCAGGUGUGGCUGCUGGCGCUGUGCUGGGGCGCGCUGGGCGCGGGGCUGUACAUCGCCUACAUCGUGUGGCCCAAGCACGACCUGUACGGGCUGCAGUGCUACCCGCUGCUUUGGUCUCGCUCCUGCUACUGGUGGAUCGCGGUGGUGUACUGGGGCGUGAUCGUGUUGUACGAGCUGGUCUACCGCCAGCUCAACCUGGGCGGUUACGCACGUGCCCACAUCUACGACAGCCUGCUCCGCCUGGUGCCCGGCGGCGGCACCGCCUCCGCCGCCUCCGCUGCCUCUCCAAUGUACGACCCCGGCACCUUCCUGCGCACCGGGCUCCCCUACCUGCUGGGCAACACGGCGCUGUGGGGCGCGGCGCUGGGGCUGAAGUUCGCGAUCGACUGGUUUGUGCUGGUGAGGCCGGCCGGGAAGCAGCUGGCGGAGAUCAUGAGCACCAACCUGCUGGCGUGGAGCUUCUACAUCCCCUGGGGCUGGUGGCCGGAGGGCUGGCCGCGCAACUACACCGUCGACAUGGACCCAUGCAUGGCGGCGGCGCUGGUGAUUGUGCUGUUCCUGCUGUCCAUGGUCAGCAGCAGCGUCAGCUACAGCGUGGCGUGCGCCGUGCUGGGGGCGCUGCAGGGCGUGCGGCAGGGGCUGGGCGCCAUCCGGCACUGGGUGCACAUCCGCGCCGGCUUCCACCGCGUGCAGGUGGCCAUGCGCCGCAAGCUGCUGGUGGCGGCGGGUGCCGAGCCGCGCAAGAUGGAGAGCCGCUCCUUCGCCUACCGCACCGCGCGCACCUUCUUCAAGAGCCUGGGGGCGCUGCUGCUGCUGCCCUUCACCUGUGUGCUGGCGCUGCUGCGCUGGGCGCGCUGCCUGCCGCCGCCGCGUGACGACAAGCCCAAGAGCUGGGAGCAGCGCGAGGAGACGUUGUCUCUGACGGCGCCAUUCUGGAACGCCGUGGUUCGCUCCAUGCGCGGCCGCGACCUGCUGUCCAACCGCGAGGCCGAGGCGCUGUCCUUCGUGGCCGUCAGCCUCAGCCCCGCGUCCAUGAUGGCCACGUGGCGCCGCAACGGAUCCGUAGGCGCCGCCGGCACUGCCACUAUGCGCCAGUCGGCGGGCGCCGCCGAGGGCGCCGCCGCCCGCGGCCCGCGCGAGACCUACCUGCCCCCCGUGGCUGUGUACGUGGCGCAAAUCCCAGCCAUGGUCAUCACCGGCUCCGCCACCGCCGAGCAACUGGAGGCCCUUCAGGAGGCCUACCUCUACCUGCUGCACAUGCUGGUGGCCGUCGGCGCCAUCCCGCGCUCCGCGCCGCCGGCGGCUGGAGCCGUUGACCCGGCGGCCGACGCCGCCGCCGCGGCCGCCGCCGACGCAGCGGCGCACGUGUGCCCCGACCUCCACAAAGAUAACUUCCACCCCGACAAGUUCAUCCACAUGCCCACGCGUGCCGGCAGCCACAAGCGGCUAGUGGCGCGGCGCGAGCUGCUGGGCGCGGUGGUGGCGCUGGUGCGCGCCCUGGGCGACACGGGCAAGGUGUACAAGGACACGGCGGCGGCGGCGGCUCAGGCGCUGGGGGCGCCGGGCGGCGGCGGCGGCGGCAAGGCCGGUGCCAACGCGCUGGCGGCCCGCGGCCGGGCCAUCGAGAAGCUGUGCAUGGCGCUGCAUGCCGUGGCGCGGUGCAUGACGCAGAUGCACGACCUGCCCUGGAGCGUGGGCGUGAUCGCCAACCGCGUGGUGGUGCGCCAGCACUACCAUCAGCCGGCGGUGCGGGCGGCGCUGGACCGCGGCUUCGCGGCUCUGGUGGCGGUCAGCCGCAACAACGCCACCGCCUGGGGUGCGCAGCACCUGCCCACCUACGAGGACUUUGCCAAGGUGGCGGGCUGGCUGCUCGCCAUCCUGCGCCCCAGCGACGAGGGCACCGCGCCCUCCAACGCGGAGGCCCUGGCCCUGCUCGCCGACUUCUGUGCGGGCCUCCUCCACCCCGAGCUCCCCACGCCGCCCCGCGUGGAGGCCAUGCGCUCCGUCUCAACCCUCAUCCCGCACUACCAGGAGACGGUGCUGUACGCGCUCUCGAGCGCCGACGCGCGCCGCGUGCUGGAGCGCGCGGCGGCGAGCAGCGCUGGCGGCAGUGGCGGCGGCUCGGUUGGCGGCACGGCGCAGCGGAACGGCGCGGUGGCUUCCACCCUGCCCGCGCUGGAGGGCAACCUGGCGGAGGACGAGGUGCUGUUCAAGAACGACGACGGCGCCCCCAGCGAGCUGCUGCAAUACCUGGUCAGCGAGUUCCCCGACGAGUUCCGGAACCUGCUGGAGCGCUGCAAGGGCCUGGUGCCGCUGGGCAAGGGCGAGGCGCCCUACGUGCUGGAGGACUUCCUGCCCUUCGGCCGCCUGUACGCGCACCGCGCGCAGCUGCUGCUGUGGGCCUCCUUCCGCGGGCAGGUGCUGGCACGAACCGUGGACGGCAUGUGCAUGUACGGCACCGCGCUGGCCAUGCAGGCGGUGCAGGACGCCAUGAUGGCGCCGCCGUCGCCGUCCAAGGGCGGCGCGGCUGGCGGCGGCGGCGGCGAGGGGCGGCUGCGGCUGUCGGGCGUGCAGAAGCUUAUGGUCCGCGGCAUCAUGCGGGACACCAGCCUGGGUGUGGAGGAGGUGGUGGCGCAGCUGCAGGACGUUGUGCCGGGCCUGGGCCCCCUGCUGGAGCGCAAGUACGGCCUGGUGGUGUCCAGCCAGGUCUACGCCAAAAUGGCGGGAGCCGCCAGCCUGGCCGACCGCUGGCGCGCGCACGGCAUCCGACUGCUGGCCACACGCUACCCGCUCCUGCGCGUGGCAUACCUGGAGGCGGACGGCGAGCCGCUGACGCUGUUCAAGGCGCCCGACUUCACCUACAGAGUCACGCACCAGGCCUCGGUGCUGGUGCGCGCGGUGCCGGUGCAGGACGAGCUCGAGCAGCGCCGCGUCGCGCGCGCGGAGCGCGCCGCCGCCGCCGCGGCGGCGGCGGCCGCCGCCGCCACCGAGUACGGCACUGGCAUGAUGGCGAUGAUGGGCGGUGGCGGUGGCGGCAGUAUGUACGGCGGCUCCGCUGCCGUACCGCCGGUGGCGGGCGGGAACAGCCCCGCGGCGACGGGCGUGACGCUCACGUCGGGCUCGUGGCUUCAGCAGUCGCCGAUGGCGGCGGGCGGCGGUGCGGCGGCCGCCGCUGCUGCCGUCAUUGCCAGCCUGGAGACCUGCAGCAUCCUCGACGGCACGCCGCGCGGCGCCAGCAGUGACGGCGAGGACUCGGACGAUGACGGCGGCGCUGACGGCGCCACCUCCCACGGCGACGACGGCGCCGGCGCCGCGCUGCGGCUGUGGCGGCGCCGCCACACGCUCAAGCAUCUGGAUGCUGCGGAGCUUGAGGUCCUGUUCAGGCAGCAGCUUCCGGUCAACUACUACGACACCUCUGCCUCCGGCGUGGGCGUGAUCCUGGGAGAGGGCAAGCCCGAGAACCAGAACACGGCCAUUGCCUACUGCACAGGCGUGGUCCUGCAGACCAUUGACAUGAACCAGGACAACAGCCUGGCACAGGCGUUCAAGCUGCGCAAUGCGACACGCGAGUUCGAGCCGCUGGGCCCCGGCAAGCAGCAGCAGCAGGUGGCGAUUGUGGGCUACCCCGAAUGGAUCUUCUCCUACCGCUGCGGCCUGCUGGCUGACCUGGCUGCGGCCACGGAGCGCACCUUCGGCACCCAGAUCCAACGUGUCAUGGCCUACCCCAGCGCCGUGCGGUGUCACUACGGCCACCCCGACCUGUGGAACAAGCUGUUCAGCAUGACACGUGGCGGCAUCUCCAAGGCCAACGCGGCGCAGCACGUGAGCGAGGACGUGUUCGGCGGCUACAACGCGCUCAAGCGGGGCGGGCUGUCCAAGUACGUCAGCUACAUCAGUGUGGGCAAGGGCCGAGACAUGGGGCUGGACUCCAUCCUGGGCUUCGAGGCCAAGAUCUCCAAGGGCUGCGCGGAGCAGCUGAUGAGCCGCGACGUGCGCUUCCUGGGCGCCCACACCGACUUCUUCCGCUCGCUGUCGCUGUACGCCACCGGCCCCGGCCACUUCAUCAACACGUGGCUCACGGUGCAGACCAUCCAGCUCGGCGUGUGGGUGCAGCUGCUGCUGCUGCUGGGCGGCGUGGGCGCGCAGGGCGGCAGCCUGGCGGCCGCCCUGGGCGCUGUACAGAUCCUGCAGCUGGGCACCCUGCCGCUGCUGGGCUACCUGUUCAACCUGUGGCUGGAGGCGGGGCUGGCCACCGCGCUGGCCACACUGUUCCGACAGUUCAUUGCCGGAGGCCUGCUUUUCCACAUCUUCCGCUCCGCCACCUCGGCCUUCCACCUGGGUCGCGCCACACUGUUCGGGGGCGCCGCCUACAUCGCCACCGGCCGCGGCUUCAGCCUGCGCCGCAAGACCUUCACGCAGGUGUUUGUAAACUACGGCCGCAGCCACAUGUAUCUGGGCAUGGAUGUGUUGAUCAUGGUCAUCCUGAUCCUGGUGGUUGGCAACAACAGCGGCAGCAGCCUGUCCAUACCCGCCGCCGCCAUGUGGAGUCCGCUGCUGGUGGCGGCGGCGCUGCUGGCCGGGCCCUUCUGGUUCACGCCCUUCUUCUUCCGCCUCAGCCAGGUGCUGCGCGACACGCGCGAGUUCCGGGCCUGGGUGGCGGGCAGCGCGGCGCGCGGCGUGCCCGAGGGCUGGGCGGAGUGGAACGCCAACCAGCUGUCGGCGCUGCGCAACGACGCCGGCGUACAGGUGCCGCGCUACCGCUUCUACAGCACCCUGGCCAUCGUUCUGCCCAGGGCCGCCCUCACGUCACUGUCCGCCAUCGCGGCCGUCACCGGCGCGCACUUCAACGCGCCGCCCGUGCCCGACCUGCUCUGGGUGCUGGGCGGCUCUGUGUUCUUUUGGGCGCUGCUGUGGCUGUGGGCCACCACCCGCCGCUCCUACACCGCCUCGGGCCUGGCGCAGCGCUGGCGCUGGGCCAAGGGCCUGGUCCAACUGACGGCGGUUGCGGCGCUGUGCUUCCUCGCCGCCAUCUGUAUCUUCAUGACGCAGCGCGGCCUGCGCUUCAGCGGUGUGCUCAUCACGCUGUACGCCAACUACCAGGUCGCGCAGCUGCUGGUGGCGGUGGCGGUGUCCUGGUUCCCCAAGACCAUGGCGGCGCGGCGGCUGGCCAACGCCGCGUUCCGGCAGGCUGACGUGGCGCUGGGCACCGCGCUGGCGGCUGUUCUGGUCGUGAUCUGCUUCAUCGGAGAGAUUGGUCUGGUCAUGGUUGACAAAGUCCAGACCCUGGUCCAGUUCAACGACCGCUACAGCCAUGCCCAGGCCGCCCGCCCGUACGCCGGCGACGACGACCCGGCGGCGGCGGCGGUCCGUGGCGAUGGCGGCGGCGGCGGCCUUGUGGCCGCCGCCGCGGCGGCGCUGCGCCGCCGCAUUCCCAGUCACCAGGCCUUCCCGCUAUUGUCCGGUGCCGGCGCGCCGCCGAGCGGUGGCGGUGGCGGCGGCGCCGCCGCCGGCGCGAGCGGUGUGCCGCCUGGCUCCGGCUGGGUGAGCCCCGCCUUUGGCGCGGGCGCCGGCGGCGGCCGUGGAAACAACGGCGGCGGCAACACGCCCGUGGUCGCGUACGGCAGUACGAACGUGGGCGGCCUAUUGGCGGCGGUGCAGCGCUCCCCCUCAUCUGCGGCCCUCAUGUCGGCGGGAGGCGGCAGUGGCUAUCCCGCACAGCCCCUGCCCCUGCCGCCGCCGCCGGCCAUGCCCGCGGCGGUGUCGGCGCUGCGUGUGCCGGGCACGGCGGAGAGCAGCGGCGCCGCCACACCCACCUUCUCAGCUCCUAUGCCGGCCGCGCCUGCUCAGGCACAGCCGCAGGCUCAGGCCUCCCGCCUGGGACCCUCGCGCCAGACGUCCAUCAACGCAUCUGGCGGCCCGUCUUCCAAGGACCUGUCCUGGGGCAGCAGUGGAGCGCUGUCGCGUCCCAUUGACCUUUCACGCGCCCCCACCUCUUCCACCGUGGUAGGCGGCGGCCCCUCCCGCACCGUCUCCGGCAACGUUGCCGUCAGCUCCGCCGUUCCUCCGCUGAGCACCGAGAACCAGCGCUACCCCGCCGCCACCACCGGCAGCCUCGCGAGCGCCAACAGUGCCAACAGCGCUGUCAACAUCGGCUCGGUCACGUCGCCCUCGGCCUCUACUGUGGUGAUGGCGGCACACAACCGGCUGCCGCCGGCGGAGGACUGGCAGGCGGUGGCCAACGCGGCGGCAGAGGCGGCGCUGGCCCGCGGGGCCAUGUUCACACCUACCGCCACCUUCUCCGCCAACAUCAACAGCAACAGCAGUAAUGGCGGCAGCAACGGCGGUGGCAACAACGCCGGUGUGCGCAGCAGCCUGCGGUCGUCGACCGGCUCGCAGGCAGCGGCUGGGCCGCCGCUGGCGGCGGCGAUGGUUUCGGCCCCGGCCGGGGGCGGCGGCACUUUGGAGCUCGGGCUGCCGCAGCCGGCCUGGGGCUCUCGCCCCACCAGCGGCACCAACAGCACCAGCAGCGCCGCCAGGGCCGCUGCCGCCGGUGCUGCUGUCGCGCCUCGCGUCAGCGGCAGCGGCAGCGGCGCCACCAUCCUGGACAACGUGCUGAUGCCGCCUGCCGGCGGCUCGGAUAGCUCGAACCGUUUGAGCCCCAUGCGCGCACGCCAGACGCCCCGGGCGGUGCUGCCCGCCAUUGCGCCGCCACCUCCUCAUGCUGCCCUGGCUGCGGCGCCGCCGUCGAAUCUGCCCGCCAUUCGUGUGUCCCCGCGCCGCCGCAUCAGCGGCAGUGGCAGCGGCAGCAACAGCUUUGCCGCGCCGCCGGCGGUGGCGGAUGGGCCCUUGUCGGGCUGGGUACAGCCCCGCACGAUGCCGUAUGACGGCAACAGCACUGGCGGCAGCAGCAGCAGCGCUGCGCCUGCAGCGCGUCGGUAAACUAGUUAGCUAGCAGCUUCCAUGCAGUAAGGAGGGCUGCAGGUCCCCAUGCAACACGGGCGGCCGUAUAUGGAUUCGAGCGAUUCUUAUGACGCAGCGUGCUGGCUGGAUAGAUUCUUGGCGGGCGGGGCGCCUUUGAUCAUUUAUGCUGACGUGACCAAUGUUGAUUACUGGAUGCGACUUGGAACGUCAGCGCGCCGCAGAGGUUGUGAGGACUGCCACACGUGAUUAUGGAUGUGACAUACCGUAGUUGAACAUGCGAGCCGAGGGAUGCGCUGGUUGGCAAGCAGCUGCUCGCACGCAACAGAUAAAUGUAGACAGCAGCUGCUUCGCCGUAAGCGGUUCCGUGAAGAUUGCUCGCUGUGAUUAACUUUCAAUAGCGCCGUGCACCGUACAUGCAGCAUGUGUGAGUGGCACCAAGGACAUUCCGCACUUGAUUGAUUAACUCUCUCUUUCUUUCACCUAGCGUCUUCCUCCAUUUAAAAUUAGUUGUCUGCGGUUGUGUGCCCAGGUGAUGGCAGCGGGUGACGAGUAGGGAGUGACGGGAAGAGCGGCUCAGACUUUCCCCGUGUCAAGUGACGGGAAGAGUGGCUCAGGGUUUUCCAGUGCGUGUCACCAUCGCCAUGUGCUAAUGUGAGCUGCGGACAUGCUGCGUGCAUGCCCUCUAUAGAACCGAGGAGACCCAUCACGGUCUGGCACUGUAACCAUCAAGUGAU